AUGUGGCUGCGAAGGCUGGCGGCGGCGAUCUCGCUGGCGCUGGUGCUGCGUGUGGCCGGGGACGGCGAAGAUGAAAGGCACGUGAACGCGCGUCUGGAGAUCUCCAUCGAGGACCGGCCGUACCUGGUGUCCCUGCACAAGAAGCUGCGGGGACACGUGUGCGCCGCGUCGCUCGUCUCAACCACGUGGCUGCUGACCGCGGCGUACUGCCUGCACGACGGCUACAGAGUGUCCGGGCCCGCCGAGUACAUCGUGGUCGCAGGCAUCACCGACCUCACGGCCUGCUACAACAACCUCGAGGAAUGCGUGAAGACCGAGGGUGCGCAAGUUGGUCAACCGAGUCGCUUCGUGGUUCAUCCCAACUACGACGGCAACAAGACGCUCAACGAUUUGGCACUGGUUCGACUGCGGAGAAGACUGAACUUGGGCGUUCGGGUCAACGAAGUCAACCUGCCCACGAACGUACUGGACCCAGAAGAAGAGCUGCGCAAUGGAACUCUCUGCACCAUUGUUGGGUGGAGCAGAAGGCUGAUAACGAGAGGAGACCGGGGGCCGAAGCUGCUGUUUGAGAUGAGAGUGUCUCUGUUGGACAUCGAAGAUUGCUCUUAUAAGACGGAGAGAGAUCUGGACGCUACUGCGUAUCUCUGCACGUACGCGGAGAAUGUGGUCGGCUGCUUGGGCGACUCUGGUUCGCCUCUCAUGUGCCGCGGCUUUCAGGUGGGCGUGGUCUCAUCGUGCCUGAACUGCACCGGAUGGAAGCCGUGCGUCUACUCGCGCAUCGACACGAAUCUGCCUUGGUUGAAGCAUGUGCUGGCCUCGGCAGGGCCGCCACCGGAAGGAGAGGCCGGUGAGUUUGGUGGAUGCGUGAGGUUCGUCGAGAUCGAAGACCAGCCGUACGUGGCGUCGCUGCAGAAGAUCGCGAAGGGACACGUGUGCACGGCGACGCUGAUUACGACCCGCUGGCUGCUGACGGCCGCCCAGUGCAUCGUCGACAGAGAAGGAAAGCCUCUGCCGGCCGCCGACUACUUCGUGCUCAUGGGCUCUUCCAACUUCACUAACCAAAUCGAUUUAAAGGUGGGGCAGCGGGGGUGGCCCGAUCUGUUCGUGGUACACCCCAUGUUCAAAACCGAGAAGACCCUCGACUACGACCUGGGGCUGAUCCGGCUGCAGUCUAAGCUGGUGAUGAGCCGUCGGGUCUCCUACGUGCCGCUGCCCGAUGACAUCAUCCCCGGGGAGAUCUUGCACAGUCUCAACUGCACCGUGGCUGGCUGGGGAAAGACAAAGAAAAAAUCGCCCAAGUCAGUUCACACUCCUCUGUCAAAUCUCAUCGAAUAA